AUGGCACUACUAUUCGAGACUAUAGCCGAUAUCGAUCAUUUGUACGUCGUUAUUGAUGCUCUUGAUGAGUGUCGAAAUCAGGAUAGAGAGUCUCUUCUAAAAGCGCUAUCCCAACUGAAAAACGCUGGGUCAGCGAACCUUCAUCUUUGCGUCACUAGUCGCCCAGAGCAGGAUAUCCGCGAAUGUAUCGAACCUCUACUAUCACAACCUGCAAUUCAGCUUAGAGACCCAGAGGUAAAACUCGAUAUCAAAAAUCAUAUUCAAUGGCAACUCGCAGUCAACACCAAGUUGCAAAGAUGGUCAAGCGAUAUCAAACAAGAGAUAGAAAAAACUUUGACAGAAGGAGCCAAUGGAAUGUUUAGAUGGGUGACUUGCCAGCUCGAUGCUCUCAAGCGUUGCGUGAAAGCAAGUUCCGUGCGAAAAGCCCUAAAAAAUCUGCCCAAAACCUUGGAUCAAACCUACGCACGCGUGCUGUUAGCAAUAGACGAGGAAUACCGACAAGAUGCUAAACAUGCUCUCAUUUGGCUUGCUUUCUCAGUGAGGCCACUCACGCUCAAGGAGAUCUCUGAGGCUAUCAUAAUAGAUUGCCGAUCAGACACUCCAUUCGAUGUGGAGAACCGCUUUCUAGAUGUUACUAGCGUGCUUAUCAUACUUUCCAGUCUGGUAGUUUGCGCACUUCCUGAGAUGAUCGCACCUUGGCCAGAUGAAAAGCCAUCCGACUCUUAUCACGACAUGACUACAGCUCAACAGCGGAAUCUUAUAAUAGAUCAACCCGUGACCCUUGCUCAUCUUUCGGUAAAGGACUACAUUCUCUCAGAUCGAAUCAAAGAUACCGAAGCGGGAUUCUUUGCUAUUUCUCCAAGCGACGCGCAUCUGUUGAUCGCCGAAUCUUGUCUCCAUUAUAUUGCACAUACCUCUACCACAGACAUAUUUUCAACGAAAUUUCCUUUGAAUCGUUACGUUUUAGAGAACUGGUAUCGGCACAUCAACCUCACUUCUAUUGACAACCAAAAGUCGAUCAACACACUAGCCUUGAGAUGUUUACUCUGGCUCAGCUCUCAAGACCAAUCCUAUAUACCCCUGGAGGAACGCUGUUAUUUUCCGGUUACGCCUAUGAAUUUAGCUUGCAAGAUGGGCUUAAUAUUCGCGGUUGCCGAAAUCCUCAACUGCCCCACGGGCCCCAGAAAAUAUCCUUAUGGCGGGUACUCCCUUCAAAUCGCAAUUCGAAAGAGCCACGAGGAAAUAGCAAAACUACUUAUCGAAAAGGGUGCGAAUAUAAAAGCACAAGGUUGGGAUGGAAGUACCGCCAUCUCCACGGCCGUCAUAAAGGGCCAUACUGCUAUUGUGGAACUACUCCUAGAUCUAGGGGAGGACGUAAACGCACGAGACCGCAACGGAACAUCUUUAAUUCAACAUGCUGCUCAGCGUAAUAAUGCUAGCACUGCUGAGCUUUUACUAGACCGUGGUACGUUUAAAGACGUUUUCAUCGACGGUAAAUUGGAGCGAGGUCCCCUGAUAUCGGCUGCCUACCGCGGGCAGCUGCCGCUAAUGAUUCGGCUACUUGAAUUGGGAAGUGAAAUUAAUUUACUGCACCCUAAACUCGACAGUGCCCUUCAUCAAACUAUUAGAUCAGAUAAGCAAGAGUGCUUAAGAGAGCUCCUCAAGCGAGGCGCCAACCCGGAUCUUCUGACGACUAAUGGCCAACAUCCCAUUGAGCUGGCAUUACGCGGUAAUAAGAUCGUAAUAGCCCGAAUUCUGCUUGAAUAUGGCGCUCAGGUGGUAGGUCUAAGAUUUAAAUGUUGGCGAUAG